UACCGGGACUCCGCCGGGCGGAGUCUGUACAUGGCAGUAUGCAGUGUAGCCGCCAGGGCGGAGAUGCCGCUGCUGUUGCUAGACGACGCGAACUAGCCUUCGUCACUUCCUCAGCCCGCGGUCUACCCUCCCGUCCAGGCCGGAACUCCGGCGCCCAGAGCCAAGGUGGGCACAGAGUCGCCCUCAGAGUUCCUGGACUGCGGCCGGCGGACAGCUGGAGUCGAGACCACGCCACCUGCAGGGAAGACCCCGAGCCGAGGCGGGAAGAUGGCUGCAGACAAGCCUGCAGAUCAGGGAGCCGAGAAGCAUGAAGGGACAGGUCAGUCCUCUGGGAUCACUGAUCAAGAGAAGGAGCUGUCCACCAAUGCUUUCCAAGCUUUCACGGCUGGAAAUUAUGAUGCCUGUCUUCAACACCUUGCCUCCCUACAAGAUAUAAACAAAGAUGAUUAUAAAAUAAUUUUAAAUACAGCAGUAGCUGAGUUUUUUAAAAGUAACCAAACAACAACAGAUAGUUUGAGACAAACACUUAACCAGCUGAAGAAUCAGGUCCACUCAGCUGUUGAAGAAAUGGAUGGAUUAGAUGAUGUUGAAAACAGCAUGUUGUAUUACAAUCAAGCAGUCAUUCUUUAUCAUUUGCGACAGUAUACAGAAGCCAUAUCAGUUGGUGAAAAACUUUAUCAGUUUAUAGAACCUUUUGAAGAAAAAUUUGCCCAAGCAGUGUGUUUUCUACUUGUAGACCUGUAUAUAUUAACUUACCAAGCUGAGAAAGCUUUGCAUCUUCUUGCUGUCCUAGAAAAGAUGAUUUCACAGGGUAAUAAUAACAAAAAUGGAAAGAACGAGACUGGUAAUAACACCAACAAAGACAGUUCUAACCAUAAAGCUGAAAGUGGAGCUCUAAUAGAAGCUGCAAAAUCAAAGAUACAUCAGUAUAAAGUAAGAGCGUAUAUCCAAAUGAAGUCUCUGAAAGCCUGCAAAAGGGAGAUCAAGUCCGUCAUGAACACAGCUGGAAAUUCUGCACCCUCUCUGUUUCUUAAAAGCAAUUUUGAGUACUUAAGAGGCAAUUAUCGAAAAGCUGUGAAGCUAUUAAAUAGUUCAAACAUUGCUGAACAUCCAGGAUUCUUGAAAACAGGUGAAUGCUUGCGAUGUAUGUUCUGGAAUAAUCUUGGUUGCAUCCAUUUUGCCAUGAGCAAGCACAAUUUGGGAAUUUUCUACUUUAAAAAAGCUCUACAGGAGAAUGACAAUGUCUGUGCACAGCUCAGUGCAGGCAGCACUGAUCCAGGCAAAAAAUUUUCAGGACGACCCAUGUGUACAUUGCUGACCAACAAGAGGUAUGAGUUGCUGUAUAACUGUGGAAUUCAGCUUCUUCACAUCGGAAGACCUCUUGCUGCCUUCGAGUGCCUGAUCGAAGCUGUUCAGGUCUAUCACGCCAAUCCCCGCCUCUGGCUGCGGCUGGCUGAAUGCUGCAUCGCUGCCAAUAAGGGGACUUCUGAACAAGAAACUAAAGGUCUUCCCAGUAAAAAAGGAAUUGUACAGUCUAUUGUUGGUCAAGGCUAUCACCGUAAGAUCGUUCUGGCCUCACAGUCCAUACAGAACACAGUGUAUAAUGAUGGACAGUCUUCAGCCAUUCCUGUAGCCAGUAUGGAGUUUGCAGCCAUUUGUCUCAGAAAUGCCUUGUUGCUGUUACCUGAAGAACAGCAGGAUCUGAAGCAGGAAAAUGGGUCUAAAAACAGCAAUCAGCUAGGUGGGAACACUGAGAGCAGCGAAAGCAGUGAAACUUGCAGCAGUAAAAGUCAUGAAGGAGAUAAAUUCAUUCCAGCUCCACCCUCUUCUCCAUUAAGAAAACAGGAAUUAGAAAACUUAAAAUGCUCCAUCCUGGCCUGUAGUGCCUACGUGGCUCUGGCUUUGGGUGAUAACCUUAUGGCUUUGAAUCACGCAGAUAAACUUCUUCAGCAGCCCAAGCUGUCAGGAUCUCUUAAGUUUUUGGGUCAUUUAUAUGCUGCAGAAGCCCUCAUCUCUCUGGACAGAAUAUCUGAUGCCAUUACUCACUUGAACCCGGAGAAUGUCACUGAUGUCUCCUUAGGGAUCUCUUCAAAUGAGCAGGACCAAGGAUCAGACAAAGGAGAAAAUGAAGCAAUGGAAUCCUCUGGGAAGCGGGCCCCUCAGUGCUACCCCAGUUCCGUCAACUCUGCCAGGACCGUGAUGCUGUUUAACCUUGGCAGCGCCUACUGCCUGAGGAGCGAGUACGACAAAGCCCGCAAGUGUCUGCACCAGGCGGCUUCAAUGAUCCAUCCUAAAGAGAUACCCCCUGAAGCCAUCCUACUAGCAGUCUACCUUGAACUGCAGAAUGGUAAUACCCAGCUGGCCUUACAGAUCAUCAAAAGGAAUCAGCUGCUCCCUACAGUGAAAACACUCUCUGAAAUGAGAAAGAAGCCGGUGUUUCAGCCCGUCCACCCGAUCCAGCCCAUCCAAAUGCCAGCGUUCACUGUACAGAGAAAGUGAUAUUUUGCUCUUGGAAAACUGUUACCUGAGACCCAGGGGAGUACUUAUGGGCCUUUUUAGUUGUAUCACAGCAAAAUGAAUAAAAGACAGAUGGUGAAGGGUGCUAGUUUUGGACAUACAAUUUGAAACGAUUCUGACCCCUGAUUCUAUUUUUUGUUUUGCCGGAAGCUCACUUAAAAUUAAGGAUUCACAAAUUAAUUUUCAUCUGUUUUUCUUUAAUCUUUGCUAGACUAUUAAUUUGGAGCCAUUAUGUAAUGUAUCUGUGUCAUAGGUAAUUAAAUCAUGGUCUUACCAGAACAGCCUCAUA